UGCUGCCACCCAUUCGUCACCAUAUGUCAUUGCUGCCGAAAUGCAUGGGGUUAAAGUGUUGCCUCAUAUAAUCAACACCGUUAUCCUCCUUUCAGUCACCUCGGUUGCCGUUGCAGCCAUGUAUAGUUCACAACGGUUGAUUCAAUCGUUGGCUCAUCAGAAAUUGGCACCUAAAUGGUUGGAUUAUGUUGAUAAACAAGGUCGUCCUUUGAGAGCAUGGUUCCUUACUAUCCUUUCAUCUUUCUUUGCCUUUAUUGCUACUUAUGACAAAGAGGAAACUGUAUUCACUUGGCUUUUAUCAAUUUCAGGAAUUUCAUUUGUUGUAUGCUGGUUAUUCAUUUGUGUGUCACAUCUUCGAUUCAGAGCCGCCUUGAAACACAAUGGUAUUGCUUUGGAUACAUUAGCGUAUGUGUCCCCAACGGGUAUAAUUGGCUCUUGGUGCUCCAUAAUUAUCAAUAGUUUAAUCUUGAUUGCUCAGUUUUGGACAUCCUUGUUUCCCAAGGGAGAAGCGGAUGCUAAUAAUUUUUUCCAAAAUUAUUUGGGUGCUCCUGUCAUGUUGUUGUGUUUUAUUGGACAUAAAUUGUAUACUAGGAACUGGAGAUUAUGGAAACCAGUUGAUGAGAUUGACGUUGAUAAGGAUCGGGUGAUUUAUGAUGCUGAAAUUUUGGAGUUGCAGAAUUUGGAAGAUAAGGAGAGGUAUAAUAAGGCCCCAUUUUGGAAAAAGAUAUUGAUUGUGUGCUUUGACUAA